GUGAGUUCGCGCGCGUGAGGCCUGAGUGCACGCGUCUCUCUUGUGUCUUCACUCUUGCACUCUGGGCUGUGUUCACUCCUAGAUACUGUUUUGUGUUCACUCUCGCAUCCUGGACUGUGUUACCUGCUGUUUCCUGAACUGUUAAAAUGUGUACAAUUUAUAGUAGUUGUGUGUUGUAUAUGUUACUAUAGUUUAUAACUGAUAAUCUGAAAGUUAACUGUCUUCUGCAACAAGCUUUUAUUGACAGUGUUGCAUACAGGACAUGGAGACAAGCUUUAUAGACAGCUAAGGACAGUGCAGGCAUUGCAAUGUCAACCAGGAUAUUUGCAACUAUCAUUUGAGCAAUGUUUCUCAAGUCAGAUGUCUGUCAGAGCCGGACUCUAGCUCUUGGGUGCUGAAAAUUUAAUUGAAUAUUGUCUCCAAUGGUAACUUCAAUACACGUUUUGUACAAGAGAUACAACAUCGUAGCUGAUUUACAGAUACUAAAGGAUCAUCUGUUGUGAUGGCCCGACUCGACACCAGGGCGGCGCUGCUGCUGCUGGGACUGCUGCUCGUCCAAUCAGGGAGGAGCUGUGAGUGGGGUGCGGGGGAGGAGGUGCGGCGCUUCGUCAGGGUGAGGGAGGACGCCCCCCUCGGCCACACCCUCAUCACCUUCAACGUCACCCACCCUCACCUGCUCACCCUUCAGCCGCUCUCUCAGGAGACAGCUGGAAUGUUCCAGGUGGCGCAGGCGGAGGAAGGCGCGGAGGCGGCGGCGGGGGGCGUGGGGAGGCUGGUGGUGGGCGCCCCACUUCACGCCCUCAUGCUGGGACCUUCGCCUGUCGUCAAGCUGGUUGUCACCUGCGGGUCGAACCAGGUGUCGGUUCAGGUUACGGUGUACGUUGAAGACGUCAAUGAUCACGCCCCAGCCUUCGUGGCCAAGAACAUCACAGUUACCGUUGAUGAACUCACGCCUGUCGGGUUGACAAUUCUCCCCGAGAUCAGAGUGACAGACGAGGACAAGCCCAACACCGCCAACUCGGAGGUGGAACUCGAGCUUCAGGGAGGCAAUGACGGUCACUACUUCACAAUGGCUGACAGAAAACGGGGGACCAUCACUCUGGCCAAACCUCUGGAUUAUGAUGCUGGCCCAAACAAAUUCUUCCUGGAAGUCCUGGCAAAGGACAUGGGCAAACCGUCUCUCAGUUCCACGAGCACGGUAACUGUGGUGGUGGUGGACGCUGACGACCUCCCGCCAGUUUUCUCUCACAACCUCUAUUCAGCCCGAGUGACAGAGGUCCCUGGACCUGAGAGAGGCUUAGAUAUCCGUGAAGAGGUGGAGGUCUCACCUGGGCCGCUGAGAGCCCGAGAUGGGGACGCUGGGAAGAACGUCACCCUGCGCUACUCUCUUGUGGAGUCCCCAGCUGGCGAGUACUUCACCCUUGACCCAGACACUGCCAAGCUCUUCCUCACCAGACACCUUGAUCGUGAGAAGCUUCUUGACAACACUUUGACGUUGCAUGUCAGAGCCGAACAGGUGGAUGACCCUAGACGUGUGGGAUCGGCAGUGUUGGAGGUGGUGGUGGAAGACCUCAAUGAUAACCUUCCGGAGUUUGUCCAUGAUGUGUAUUCCAUCUCCAUCAUGGAGAACUUGCCUUCUGGCUUUAGUGUUGUUCAAGUCUCCGCAUUAGAUCCUGAUGAGGGUAUAAAUGGAGCUUUCACCUACCGUGUGGUUGGUGGAGACGGAGCUCUGGCAGUCAACCCACACUCUGGCUGGCUAACAGUGGCUGAUCACAACUUGCUUGACCGCGAAGACUCUCCCGUCAUUAACCUUCAAGUGUGUGCUCACCAGGUCUCACCUCUCGUCAAUCCUCUCUCCAAAGAAAUCAAUGCUCGGCCAUCAUCAUCAGGUGACAGCAUGGAAAACAGGAAAAUGAAAUUUCAAGAUAAUAGUACAAAUACAAGAACUGGAGAAUUUAUAAUGCAUGAUUGGCAUAAUGCAACCACUGAAACAUCAUCAAAAGAGACUUUGGCACUAUUGGAAGAAAAGCAAAAACAAACUACUCGAGCUGUAGUACCACGUGUGAGGAGUGUGGAGCAGACAGCAAGUAAACCUGCGCCUGAAACUCGCUCUCCUAUUGAACCUCAACACAGCAGACAUGGAAGGCAGAGUUUGCUUGCCGAUUCAGAAGAGAAAAUCCAAGAAAUAGGUGAGCAAGACUUGGCAGAUGAUUCUGAUUCCCUCGAUGUAACAAAAGCACCGGAAAUGCAAAUCCAGCAGCAAGGACAUCCAGGGAGAAAGAAACAAAUUUCAAGCGCAGAAAAUAAAUUUAUGGAAAGAAAUAGUCCUGGGAUACAAGAUAGCUUAGUGCCCCCUUCAGCACCUCCAGCUUCUUCGCCAGCACCUUCGCCAAAAGUCUCUAAAACAAAUGAUACUGACAACAAAGCAAUUUUGCAAAAAAUUAGACAAGUAAUUAUACAUCGCAGAAAAAUUGUCAACAAUCGCUCAGUAAGAGAGACUCCAAAUCCCUCACGGUGGAACAGAUCAACAAACCUUACUGGAAAAGUUGAAGCAGUAAAUGAUGGAUCUGGAGCAGAUGGUUCACUUCUUAAACUUGAAUCUUCAUGUGCUAAAAUUGAGCUAACAUUGCUAGAUGCAAAUGACAACAAUCCAGUCUUCCUUCCCACCAACCAAUACCAAUUUUCCAUCACAGAGGAUGCACAGGAAGGGCACAUCAUAGGAUCAGUUCUAGCAGAAGACAUGGAUCAGGGAGGCAAUGGCAAGGUCACAUACAAGAUUCAAUCUCGUGGAAAUACCACAAGAGGCACCUUGAGGAACGCUCUCAUCGUGGAUAAGAACACAGGUGUUCUAACGCUGGCCUCUAAGCUGUCUCCUGGCCAGGUCACAGUCUUCAUUGAGGCUUCAGAUAUGCCUUCUAACCCAUCCGAGACAAGGACCACAUUGGCUAUUGUAACUAUUGACGUGAUGGCGACUCACUCUUGGGAGCCGAGGUUUGUGGGGGCACCAUUUGAGCUCUGGGUAGGUGGGGAUGCCCCAGUGGGUGCCAGUGUGGGCCAGGUCCAUGUAGUGGACUUGCCAGGACCUGAACUGCUCUUUGACAUGUUUCAUUCUUACCAGGAAGGAGUUCCUUUUGCAAUCGAGGAGACAUCUGGCAUUGUCUCUGUGCUGUCCCCACUGCAGCAGUACUCCCGUCCCACCUACGACUUUGAAGUGGUGGUGACAAAUGGAAGAUCAUCACUGGCUACCAACCUCACCAUUCACGUGGCACCGCCCCCUAGGCCUACCACUAGGCGGGAUACCAUCAUUCAAUUCACAAUCCAGGAAAACCUGUCUGGAGGAGUGGUUGGAGAUGUAGUGGCUGCUCUACGGUCUAUUGGAGCGAGGAUAGCUCCAGACCCACAGUUCGAGUUGGUGAGCCCCGAAGCACGGCACUACUUCGCUCUGGCCCAGGAUGCCACACUCUACACCGUGGCACCACUUGACUAUGAGAGCCACCCCAAUCACACGCUUGUGGUGGUCAGUGCCAGGACAUCUGAUAUAUUCUAUGUUCAUGUGAAGGUAGAAGAUGUAAAUGACAAUGCACCUCAGUUUAAUGCUGUGAGUUAUGAGGGAAUCAUCAAAGAGAAUGCAGUGUCUGGCACCCAAGUCAGAAUACACCCGGCAAUCCACGUAAUUGACAGAGACAGUUACCAAGGGUCUACUUACAACCUUCAGCUGCUGGGGGACUCUGCUCCUCUUUUUUCUAUUGAUUCGUCUACUGGUUACAUCACCUUCGUUGGCAAGACUUUAGACAGGGAGGUAAAGGAAGCCUAUAAUCUCCUUUUGGUGGCUCGAGAUGACGGGAAUCUCACCUCUAAUGCGAAUCUCACUAUUUCAGUUGAAGACAUCAAUGAUAAUCCCCCAAUAUUUACCCAGAGAGAGCCACUGUUCUCUGCAAGAGAGGGUGUUGAAGAAAGUGGAUCCAGAAAACUUAUUGACUCUUCCCAACUUGCGUAUAUGGCAGACUUGGAGAGAUCACUCAUACGUAUUCCCGAGUCUCUUCCAAUAGGGAAUCGAGUUACGCAGCUCAUGGCAACAGAUGAGGAUGAGAAGCUAUUUGCAGAAAUUCGCUAUUCAAUUGUGUCUGAAAAGUCAUUUAGUUUCUCAGACGGGGAAAAUUCUCCUCCAGUGCUCCAGGAAACAAACAGGUUUGCCAUCGAUGCCAAAACAGGUGUGGUUACAGUUGCCGGAAUCCUGGAAGGUGAUCACUUUUACUUGAUAAACGUCUCUGCUACAGACGGUGGAGGCUUAUCAUCCUACAGUUCAGUAUCAAUUGCUGUAUUUGAUGUCAAUGAUCAUUCGCCUCGUUUUGAGCGUCCUGUCUACAACUUUGAGGUAGUCGAAGGCGAGUAUUUAGUAGGCGAAGUUGGGAAGGUAUUGGCUUAUGACCAAGAUAAGGGAAAUAAUGCUGAAAUUCAUUAUCAAAUAAUAUUUUAUAAGAACUCCAGCUACGACCAAGUCUUUCCCUUUAGGGUCGUUGAAACAUCUGGUACUAUCUUAGCAACUGGAUCAGUGGAUCGGGAGGAACGUGAAGUGUACGAGUUCUCUGUUGUGGCCACAGACAUGGGUGAACCUCAGCUCUCAUCCUCAGUCUUAGUUCACAUUGAUAUAAUUGAUGUCAAUGAUCAUAGUCCUGUUUUCUAUGGGUAUAAGGAAGUUAUAUAUCCACCUGAUGUAUUUGAGCAUACGUCAUUUGAACCCUCGAAUGGUAAUUUCACCCCAGUGUACAUGGCUGUGGUAUCUGAAAACACUCCCAAAAAUACAAUCAUUACAAAAAUAUUUGCCAAUGAUUCUGACGCCAGUUCUUCAGGAAACGGCAUAAUACUUUACAAGCUUGAAGGGGGAGAGGACAAGUUUGCCAUUGACUCCAAAAAUGGCAGUGUGUAUACCGUCGGCAAGCUGGACUUUGAGCGCUGGCCGGAGCACAACUUAACAGUACUUGCCCAGGACCACGGGUCUCCGCCCCUUACAGCAUCUGCGUUGAUCAUGGUGGAGGUGACAGAUGUCAAGGAGGAGCUCACUACCAGGCUCUUUGAUCGCGAAGAAUACCGGGUGACUGUAACAGAGAACAACAACACGCCAUUGCUACUGGUUGACCUUAACGUGAGUAACUCAUAUACAGGACAUCUCCUCAACUUUCAACUGGUCAACCCAGAGAUGACGGGCACAAUAGCUGUCGAUUCUCACUCUGGAGAGGUAUACCUCAUUGCCAGCCUUGACCGAGAGACCAAGGACACCUAUCACUUCAAAGUACGAGCAGUCGUGCCUGACAGAGGUCGAGCGUUGGAUCAUUACUACCAACAAGCAAGAGGUGUGGACUUUCUGGAGUACACAGUCACCUCAUCGUCCACCACAGUUUCACGGGCAGGUGAUCCCCUGUCGUUCAUGGGUGUUGAGGACACUUUAGGCCAACUGACUAAUGCUUCAAAGCAGAUACGACGAGACUCGGUGACACUACUAAAUGUGCCAGCAGAAGUGGAGCCUCUGGAAACUUUCUCAAGAUCAAGAACAAGGUUGAAGAACCAUCGAAGGACCAGGAACACACAUUUCCACCACCUUCCUCGACACAUUUCAAAGAGAAGCAGCAACAACUCCCCAAGUGUCCUAAUGGAUGGGGCUGGGGAGUUAGGGUUGGAAGAGGUGUGGAUAACUCUUAUAGUUGAGGAUCAGAACGAUAACUCUCCAAUGUUCCUGCCUCAAGGGCGACCCAUCGUGGCAGCGGUUCCAACCUCUGCUGCCUACGGGCACUUUGUCACUCGUAUCAUUGCUGGUGAUCCAGACCUUGGUGAAAAUGGAGAGGUGCGAUAUGAGAUUCUUCCUGGAGAGGGAGCAAAAGACGCCGCCAAGCGGUUUACCGUUGAUCCCGCCUCUGGACAGGUAGUGGUGGUGGGAUCACUGGACAAUGACUCUGGGAAGAUGUUUGGGUUUGAUGUGAGGGCUACUGAUAAAGUGGGUGCUCCUACUGGCCGGACAGCUAUAGCAAAUGUCUUUGUGUAUGUGAUCGGUGCUGGGGGUCACCUGGUACUGGAGGUGGGAGCCACACCCAGAGAUGUUGAGCCACAUCUUCUUCACAUCCAGGGGAUGCUGACAAAUGUGUCUGGGUUGGAUGUAAGAGUGCAGAGAAUUGCUCCUCAUGUGGAUGGUGAUGCUGCACACACUACUGCGACAGAUGUAUAUGUGUAUGCUGUUGACCCAGCAACACAGGCCGUGGUUGAGGCUGCACAGUUACGACAGGCUCUCAGAGGAAGAAAAGGUCAGCUAAGGUCCUUACUGCCAUCUGGACUCCUGUUUAAAGGGAUGAGAUUGUCUCUGCCAUCAAAACAAGGGCAUGUGCUUCAGACUGCGGAAUUAGCCAUCCUGGUUGGAGCUGUGGUGGUGUUUUUAGCCACUAUAAUGGCCAUUGCUUGUCUCUGCUAUAAGCAGCGUAAAAGACGUCGCAAGCCUAUGCCACUACCACCAAUGAUGACUGCCAAUGGAGUGCCUGUGAUGCCUUUGGCUUACCCUGGUCCAUUUGCUGCCCCAUACACCCACAUGAGCGACCACAGCAGUGCAGACUCGACAGAAGCCCAGGAACUGACUCCAGACCAUCUGCAAUACUGCCAAGAUGUGUGCUGCUACCCCCAGGACCUAGCUCGUUAUCCUCACCCACAACAGAGAAGACGCUGUGGAGCUCAUACUCAUCACUCUGAUCAUGAGUUGCAGGGACCGUCCCACGAUGACGAUGACGACACUGUUCCAGUGUGUUCCCGCCAUGCUCCGUCCCGCAAGCGGCGCAGGAGCUCUCAUACCGGCGGGGUCCAUCCCCACGGACACGUCAGACGGUGUUCCUCGAGGAUCACUGCUUCAUUCCAAGAGGAACCCUCGAGUUCAGAUUUAGACGAGCGGGACCACGCACCUGCUCAGGUCACCAUUCCAAAACCGCCACCAUGUUGCUCUGAUGACAGGCAGCGUGCAGGCGUGAGCAAGCUCCGCGCACUGCCAGCUGUAGACUGCUCGCUGGGGUCGUCAACAAGGCCGCACUCCCCAGACAGCUUAGAGUGCCCUCCCCAUAGUCACAUCCGGAGCCACAGCCAAGCCCACAUACACACCAUUCCUCGCACUCACCUGAAGAGAGAAAAAACAGACCACGGAGGAAGAGGUGGAGGGACCAAGGCUCUUCUGGGCAGUGAUGUGACAGAGUUAUAGCCUCUAAGACAUUUAGUUUAGAAAAGACUUGGUACUUUGUAUGUCACAAUUUAUAUCAUAAUUUACCAAAUUAUUCAAGUUGCUAUAGGAGAUAUAAACAUCAGGAAUGUUAUCUUUUCAUAUCAGUUACUCCUGUAUUACUAUGCAAAUAAAAAUGUUAAAUUGUUAGUGUAUUUUUGUAGUGGUAUGGAUGUUUGAGGCGCCAGGUUAGUUACCCAUAAUACUAAUACUGUUAAUAUAGUAGUAACAGUUUAAAAUUAUGACUGCUUGAGCCCUAUUGACUUCAACAUUAAUGAUGAUCAUUCACACUGUGAUUUAUUCAUGUUACUUCCCGGUUUGGUGCCUUCUUUUGAUAAUUACCUUACCUUACCUUAUUCAUGUUACUUAGCUUGCUUUCCAUUCAUGUGAAUUAGUCUUAUCCCAGCCCAGUCUUCAAUAUUGCUACCCUGUCUCUACAUACCAGUCGAGGUAAACCUUACUUUCAUUCGGGAUCAUACCUGGAAGGUCCCAAAUGUGACUCCUCAUGGCAGGACAAAGUUUAUUGUCAUUUGAUGCCUUUAUUCACCAAGCAAAAAAUAAUUGCUUAUGAGUUAUGCAGCUAUUGUGGGUGUCAUUCUGGGCAUUGUUAAGCCUGUGGUUUCAAUAAGCUUCUCGUGUGCUAUACUCGGGAGAGCAAAUGAUUUUGAAUUCACAAAGUACAUGACUGUGGAGCAGCAAUCCACAACUUGCAUAUUAAGCUAAAAAUUAUUCACCGAUUAGGAAAGACUAACCACUUGAACGUUGACUAUAUAUGAUUUUCCAGGUGGUUCGAGCUAUAUGAAUAGG